AUGCCGGGCAUGUACCUGGAGCUUCGGGCAUCGUACCCCCAUCACUGCAGGGUGGAGAACACUCAGGCCAGAGAUGCCGAGGGUGGAAUUCGAAAGUCGGGGGAGAAGGAGGAGAAAAAGGAAGAGAAAGAGGGGGCAGCAGGGCCGGUCUUGAUGGCAGAGGGGGCUCUGAAUCCCCCUGGGGCCCUGCUGUCCCAGAGGAGGAAGGCCCAGGAGGGGGGCCCCCAGGGGGUGAAGUUGGAGUUACACCCACUGCUGAACAGGUGGGCUCUGUGGUUUUUCAAGAAUGACCGCAGCCGCGCCUGGCAGGACAACCUGCAUCUUGUCACCAAGUUUGACACUGUGGAGGACUUCUGGGCGAUGUACAGUCACAUCCAACUGGCCAGUAAGCUCUCUUCCGGCUGUGACUACGCCCUCUUCAAGGAUGGCAUUGAGCCCAUGUGGGAAGAUAGCAGGAAUAAGAGGGGUGGCCGCUGGCUGGUCAGUCUCGCCAAGCAGCAGCGCCACAGCGAGCUGGACCGCCUGUGGCUGGAGACGCUGCUGUGCCUGAUCGGGGAGAGCUUUGAGGAGCACAGCCGGGAGGUGUGUGGGGCUGUCAUCAACAUCCGAACCAAGGGGGACAAGAUCGCCGUGUGGACGAGGGAGGCAGAGAACCAGGCGGGCGUGCUGCACAUCGGGCAGGUCUACAAAGAGCGCCUGGGCCUCUCCACAAAGAUCGUCAUUGGGUACCAGGCCCAUGCAGACACGGCCACCAAGAGCAACUCCCUAGCCAAGAAUAAGUUUGUGGUGUGA